AGAAAAACCCAUCUCCUACUCCUGGCUCAAAGCUUUGCUUUCUUAUCUCCAGCUCACACCUUUAAGUCUUUUGUAAUUAACGGACAUUUAUCCAGGCGAGGAUUUUUCCACCUCCUUGGAGAACACGCCCUGCAGUGUCUCCUGCAGCCUGGAGCCUGUGACAUUCUGGAAGCAUGGAAGGCGUGGACUUGCUAGGGUUCCUCAUCAUCACACUAAAUUGCAACGUGACCAUGGUGGGAAAGCUCUGGUUCGUCCUCACGAUGCUGCUACGGAUGCUGGUGAUCGUCUUGGCGGGGCGCCCCGUCUACCAGGACGAGCAGGAGAGAUUUGUCUGCAACACGCUGCAGCCGGGAUGCGCCAACGUUUGCUAUGACGUCUUCUCCCCCGUGUCUCACCUGCGGUUCUGGCUGAUCCAGGGCGUGUGCGUCCUCCUCCCCUCCGCUGUCUUCAGCGUCUAUGUCCUACACCGAGGAGCCACGCUAGCCGCGCUAGGCCCCCGCCGCUGCCCCGAACCCCGGGACACGGCCUCCGGGCAGAGACGCUGCCCGGGGUCCUGCAGGGAGCGCGGCGGCCUCGAGGUGCCCGACUUCUCGGCCGGCUACAUCAUCCACCUCCUCCUCCGGACCCUGCUGGAGGCAGCCUUCGGGGCCUUGAACUACCUUCUCUUUGGGUUCCUGGCCCCAAAUAAGUUCCCUUGCACGCGUCCUCCGUGCACGGGCGUGGUGGACUGCUACGUGUCGCGGCCCACGGAGAAGUCCCUGCUGAUGCUGUUCCUCUGGGCGGUCAGCGCACUGUCUUUCCUGCUGGGCCUCGCGGACCUGGUCUGCAGCCUGCGGCGGCGGAUGCGCAGGAGGCCCGGACCCCCGACGAGCCCCUCCAUCCGGAAGCAGAGCGGAGCCCCUGGCCACCCCGAGGGACGCCCGACGGACAAGGAGGGUGGGCGGGAGCAAGAGGGGGCUCCUGAGCCCCCGGUUGCACGCGCCGGCGGGGAGGGGGCCGGCAGCCCCAGGGUUACAUCCAGGGUGUCAGGGCACACGAAGAUUCCAGAUGAGGAUGAGAGUGAGGUGACAUCCUCCGCCAGCGAAAAGUUGGGCAGGCAGCCCCGGGGCAGGCCCUACCGAGAGGCCGCCCAGGACCCGAGGGGCUCAGGAUCCGAGGAGCAGCCCUCAGCAGCCCCCAGCCACCUAGCGGCGCACCCUUCCUGCAGCCGCCUGCAGCCCCCUGACCCGCCUGCCAGCUCCGUCGGUGCUCCCCACCUGAGAGCCAGGAAGUCUGAGUGGGUGUGAAAAAAACAGCACCUGGCCAUGCCCCGGGGCUCACGCCUGUAAUCCCGACACUUUGGGAGGCCCAAGCAGGAGGAUCGCUUGAGAAUGUAUCUCCUUGCCCAGGAGUUGCCAGCCUGGGCAACAUAGUGAGACCCUCGUCUCUACAAAAUAUCUAAAAAUUAGCUGGGCACAGUGGCUCCCGCCUGUAGUCCCAGCUACUUGGAGGGCUGAGGUGGGAGGACCAUUUGAGCCUGGGAGAUUGAGGCUGCAGUGAGCCAAGAUCAUGGCAUGGCACUGCAGCCUGGGGAGCAGAGUGAUACCCU